AUGCCUGGCACACAUCUCCUCCCACCAAAUCUUCUAAAACUAUUUGCACCUCGACCGCCUCUUCCCUAUGCACGACCAGUUGGCAAAGACAUUCAUCGUGUAACUUCCAAAAAUGUUGAUGGUGUUGCAAGUAUCCUAGCGCGACUCAAGGAAGCCACAACUGCAACAUUAAUCGCGGGGAAUGGUGAAGUUGGAGACGGGAUGGAAGAAGGCGAGGAACCUGCAUUCACACUGGCCGAAGAAACUAAACGGCAAAUUCGGAGAGAGGAACGCAAAAAGAAAAAGACAGAAGAGUUCAAGAUCGCAAAGGAGACCUACAAGCCUGCAGAUGAUGCGGAAGCCAUUGGAGACCCAUAUAAGACGCUCUUCAUAUCACGUCUGAAUAAAAAUGCAACCGAAAGCGACCUUCGACGCGAAUUCGAGAGUUUUGGCACCAUUGAACGGGUAAGGCUUGUGCGGGACCAGAAAGGCCGUUGCAGAGGCUACGCAUUCAUCGUCUAUGAACGCGAACGAGAUAUGAAAGGU